UCUCUUCAACCCCUGUAGGAGUGCAAAAAAGGUAAGUAUCCAGCAUAAGGAGUGGGACUGCUCUGGGAAAGCCACUUGAGAGCAGAGUGGGGGCCAGAACUAUUCUUGCCGUAUCAAACUAAACAUUCCUAUAUCAUCUCCAGAACCUGUCUGCUGGUGAAGAUGAUGGAUUUUGUGGUGGUACAGCAGCCCAAACCUCCAGGCUGGCCUUGUCUCUGAGUGGCUGCAAGCCUGUAUAAUGGAAUAUGACUGCAACCUGACCUCCUAAACAUGGCUGGCCUUGUUCGACCUGUGCAGCUGGACAGAGUGCCAUAAGAAUCUCAGCACCGACACAGUAGGAGCGAUAUUUCAGAGCUGCCACAGAGGAUCAUGGUAUAAAAGCUGAAAGUCUCUUCACCCCUCGCUGUUUGUUCCUGCAGAGCCCGGCUGGCAGUGCCAAGGUGCCCAGGUGCCCGAAGGUCUAUCAGCCCCAGAGUAGUGUGAGCAGCAGGACUGAGUGAGCCCCUGGCAGGGUUAAUAGGUGCCAGGAUGGAGUGGGCACAGGUGGCACAGGUGUAAGAUGCCCCCGCAUUACCUGCUCUCAGCCUGAUUCUCCCGGCCCAUCUGCACAGGUCACUACUGGAUCCCUGGGUGCUGGGCCCUUAGGCCGAUAGGUUCCUGCCAGGGAGCUACAAGGAGACUAUGGAAAUGCCAAAGUCACUUUUCUAUGACAACUCUGCUUCUUUUGGGGGCUGCGGUUUCCAGGGCAACAAUGGCAUGGGCUACCUCGGGCAGCAGGACUAUCCCAGCGAAGAUGACUAUCAGCCUCCAUUCUGCCUGCCCCCAGACACUGCCAAUGGCUCAGCUAGCCAUAAAGGCGAACACUCUAUUAAGGGUAUUGACUUCCAUUUGUCUGAGGUGUCAGAACAAGCUCAGCAGCCAAAGUCACCAAACUCAGAUUCCCCUUUGCCCAAAUCAGCUUCAACCCAGAGCUGCACAUCGAAGAAGUCCACUGGGCCAGUCUCCUCUGACGUCACUAGCCCAAACAAGAAGAGUAAAGGCAGCAACAUGCCCAAACAGAUAUUCCCUUGGAUGAAGGAAACUCGUCAGAACUCCAAACAGAAGAAACAAGCCCCUCCCCCUGCAGACGAUGCCCCGGCAGUGGACAGCAGCUUCCUCAGCUCCGCAUCCAAGAGGGCCCGGACUGCUUACACCAACUCCCAGCUUGUGGAACUGGAAAAAGAGUUUCACUUUAAUCGCUACCUUUGUCGCCCAAGGAGGCUGGAAAUGGCCAAACUGCUCAAUUUAUCCGAGAGGCAGAUAAAGAUCUGGUUCCAGAACAGGAGAAUGAAAUUUAAGAAGGACCAUAAGGGCAAAGGGGGAGGUGGCUCUCCUGGAGGCCUGUCCCCAAGCAGUAGCCCUUCUCUCAUGCCCUACAGCGGCAAUCUGCCCUUAGAUGGCGACUGUGGCUAUGAAGUGCCCAUGGCUACAGGCGCUUACAAUAAAAGCCCAGGGAACAUGUAUGGUUUAACAGCUUACUCUGCGCCUCUCUUUGAGGGUCCUUCGGCCCAGAAAAGAUAUGGCCCCCAGUCCCUGGCCCCUGAAUAUGAUCCUCACUCUAUGCAAGGGGACAAUAACUAUGAUACCUCUGGGCUGCCAAACGGCCAGGGCUACUUGGGCAAUUACUUGGAAAAUGGUUCUGAGAGCUGUUCCAUGUUCAGCCUCCCACACCCUUCCUCAGAGAGCAUGGACUACAGCUGCGCAGCCCAAACACCCAGCAAACACCAUCUUGGCCCCUGCGAUCCGCACCCCACCUACACAGACCUCCAUAUACAUCCUGUGCCUCAGGCUUGCUCCCAGGAGCCCCCGGUGCUGACACAUCUGUAACACUGGGAACCCUUUGAAGGUCAAUUCGUCCCUGCACCAUUAUGUCAUUAAACAUGCCCUGUACAUGUACAGCCAGAAACAUUUCCCCCCAUGCAUUGUCUAUGUAUUUAUUGAGCUAUGCACAACGCCAGACUAUGCAUGGAUCGCCUCACAUAAGCAAACAAUUACAUGCUAUUUCCACACAACCUUUUAAUCUCCCCUCAGUAAUAUUAAAUACAACUUCUUGCCCUCGGCACUGAGCGCUAGCGACUUUGUGCGACAUCCAAAUGGAAUAUGCCUUGCGUCAAAUCCUCCAAAAAAUUAGCCAUUGGCGCCUAAUUCUCUUUCCAGACUUAUUCUGGGGAUCUAUCAUUUUUGUAACUCGUGAUUUUUUUGAACCAGUAGUAAAAAAACAACAACUAUAUUUAUAUGACUUCGUGUUGGAUCUGUGAAAUAUUUUUCCAUGUUUUAUUAUUGUAUUUUUUUAUUUUCUGUUUGUUUUUUUUUUACUUCAGGUAGCCUAAUUUAUUUCUAUAGAUUUUUAUAUUGUUUCAAAACGGUUUGUCUUUUAGCAAUUUAUCUAACUGCGUUCAGCUGUCUUUUAAGUAGACUUUAAUGAAAGAAUUGAUAGAAUAAAGAAAAAUUAAAAA